AGCCACCGUACACCGGGAUCUAUGACAACCGCAGCAGAAGGGGCCCCUGGGGGCCAGCCGGCGAACCCCCUCCAGGCUCUCGAUGACUUGCUGCACUGUGGCAUCUGCUUAGAUUAUUUCAACAUAGCCAUGAUCAUCCCACAAUGUUCACAUAACUACUGUUCUCUUUGUAUCCGGAAGUUCCUGUCAUACAAGACUCAGUGUCCCACCUGUUUUGUGACGGUUGCUGAGCCCGACCUACGGAACAACCGGCGGCUGGACGACUUGGUGCAAGCUUUCCUCACCACUCGGAAGCAUCUGUCCCAGCACGCGGGUUCUCCUCCGUCAUCUUCGCAGAAUCCUCUGAAGGGCAAACUUGCAAAGGGAUGUUCCGGGAAGAAGAUCAAGCAGGAGGGGUCAUCAAUGGAAAGGUUUCUGGUGAAAAAUGCGGGGAGGUCCAAAGGAACGUUAGACAUCACCAUUGAGGAGUCACUCGACUCCAACCUGCCUGCCGAGCCCAUAUCUGCUAAGAAAAUCAAACAGGAACCGGAGGACUCUGUACCCGAGUAUUCUGCUUCACAGGAACCAUCUACAUCUCUAUCUCAGGUCUCCAUAAAGUUGGAGUGCCCAGUAUGUGGCGUUGGCAUUCCGGAGCAAUAUAUCAACAAGCAUCUGGACAGCUGCCUGACCAGAGAUGACAAAAAAGAAAGUCUGCGCAGUGCUGGACAGAAACGCAGACCCAUAACCAAAGUGGUGUAUAACCUUCUGUCGGAGCGAGACCUGCGGAAGAGGAUGAAGGAGGUGGGACUGUCCACUCAAGGCACCAAGCAGCAUCUGAUCCGACGACACCAGGAAUUUGUGCACAUGUACAAUGCACAGUGCGACUCGCUAAAUCCAAAAUCAGCUGCCGAAAUCAUUAAAGAAAUCGAGAAGAGCGAGAAGGUUCGUUCAAGUCUGGAGGCCAAACAGGAAAGUGCCAUGACUUUCAAAAAGGAGCAAAGUGAGGAGGAGAUCGAUGAGAUUCACCACCAAUACAGAAAUAAACAUAAAAGUGAAUUCCAGCAGCUUGUGGAGCAAGUCAAGGGGCGAAUGAAGGCCGGGAAGAAGGUGAAGGAAGAGCCUGUGGCUGAUAACAUCACAGAUGAGCUGGAUACAAAAGAUACAGAGGAUGAAGAACGCAGGACGGCCAGUGAGCAUGGAGAGAGCUUGGAGGAAUCCUUGCAGAGGACAGGCAAUACAUCUGUAGUUCGAUCCAGUUCCCCCACCUUCCCGCUGUCUCCGGACUCCAGGGUCAGAGCUGCAUUACUGUGCGUCUUUUAUAGUAUCGGCCCGGAGUUCAGCUUUAAGUGGACAAUGUCGGCCAUCUCGGAGCAAACCACCGCUCAGAGAGGUCACAUGAUGGCGUCUUCUGUUUGA